AUGCUCUCCACGAUUCCACAUCAAAUCAUCACUCAGCAAGCGGAGAACACCACUGUAACUUGGCCUGUCAUCCCCACUGCAUUGAGGAGUAAGAGGAGGAACUACAACAGGCAAAUGCGGAGAACACUGUGGAGAAACCAAGCGGUAAUAAGGCCACCAUCGUCAAGAACACGGCUCAGCUCUCUAAGAUCCCACGUCAUAUGCUCUCCACGGUUCCACAUCAAAUCAUCACUCAGCAAGCGGAGAACACCACUGCAACUUGGCCGUUCCACAUCAAAUCAUCACUCAGCAAGCGAAGAACACCACUGCAACUUGGCCUGUCAUCCCCAUUACAUUGAGGAGCAAGAGGAGGAACUACAACAGGCAAAUGCGGAGAACACUGCGGAGAAACCAAGCGGCAACAAGGCCACCAUCGUCAAGAACGCGGCUCAGCUCUCCAAGAUCCCACGUUAUAUCAGUUAUCCACUCAGUCAGCCACUCAGCUAG